AUGACGCAUUCAGCUCGACCUGUUGAAGCUGGGACCACAGCCUCCGCCGGCAAAGAGGUGCAAUUUGAAAAGGUGCUGUGGCGCAAACAGCCGUUUGCCGACAACUUUGUGCCUCCUACCUUCCUAUCCGACCUCCGAACCAACUCCCAGGUCAUCCUGCCCUCGCUCACGCAGCUCAUGCUCGCCUCGCUACGCAUCUCAACACGAUUCCUGCACGUGAUCCUGUUCACGCUCUGGUUCGUCCACCUGCAUUUGGGGACCGUAGAUGCCGAACUCGUGUUGCUCCUCGGCGGCGCAGCGAUGGCGCUCUACAUCCUUGUCCACACUGUCGUUUUUUCCACCGAUUCUACUCAGCCCAAACAAAGAGACGAGAGGAGGGGCAAGAAAGUGAUCAGCAAGAUCAUCAUAGCCGUCGUGCUGCUCGCUGUAUCACCGGUGCUUCGAACGCUCACCGAAUCCACCACUUCGGACAGCAUCUGGGCCUUGAGCGUUGUUCUCUUCUUCCUUCACCUCACGCUAGCCGACUACUCUUCCUCGGUCAAACCUCAGGCGCAAAAAGAGGCGAGUGGCUUGAGCGAUACCCUCUCGUUCAACGCCGCCAUGUCGGCAAGCGUAGUUCUGGCGUCCAGGCUGAACACCGACAGCGAGACAUUCACCCUUCUCGCCCUAGCAACCGUGCUAUUCGCCCCCUCGACAAGACCCUCAUCCGCAGCGGCGGAGAGAGGUGCAGAGAAAAAGAGAUGGGAGAAAAAGAGAUGGGAGUGUAUACCGUUCGUCUCGGCGUACGCGAUGACGAUGGCUACAGCGAUGCUGUUCAAAUUCAUCGUCGAGAAAGAGGGUGAGAGCGGGUGGGUGGGGAUCGUCGUGGUGUGGGUACAUCUGGUGGUCGCGUUCGUGAGCGUAGUCUGCCCGUGGUGGAUCGUCAGGGCGCAGAGCUGGAAGAUGGAGAUCAAGGGACCUUGGGACCCUGCAAAACCGGUCAUCUCGUCCAAGUAG